UUUAAACGUCAAGGAUUUAUCAAUGGAUGGACAAAAUUAAGAUGCGAUUCAAUUGAGAAAAUGCGCGCUGCCAUACCUCGACUUCGAGCGUCGUUGAAUGAUGAAGCCACAUUUAAGGAGAUUUACCAAUUUACAUUUAAAUUUGGAUUAAGCGAAAACCAAAAGUCCUUGAGUCUUGACGUCGCGAUAGAAUUCUGGCGGAUGUUAUUGAGUGAACGUUGGCCACAUCUUGAAAUAUGGAUAGAGUUUGUCAAGGAGAAGCAUGGCAAAUCGAUUUCCAAGGAUACAUGGAAUUUACUACUGGAUUUUAUCAAACAAAUCAAUGUCGAGCUUUCAAAUUACGAUGCCGAAGGCGCUUGGCCCGUUCUUAUCGAUGAG